AUGCCGUACUGGACUAUCGAGCUGUCGCCCAAGCCGCUCUACGAGGUGCAAGCGGAGAGAUUUCUCUUCUUCUGGCCGCUUACAUCCAACGAGCUACAGCUUCCCAAGCGCGCGUACAUACGCUUUCACCGCGUCUACCUUUUCAUUGCGAUCUUCCUCGUCCAGCUUUGCUCGGGGUUGCUCUACGCGUUCUUGUCGCUUCCGAACCCGAUCAACAUCUACUUUCAGUUCCCCGGCGACGACAGCGCGGCUGCUUGGCUCAUCUUGGCGGCUGGCUGCGUUGGCAUUGUGCAGCAAAGCACGCUUGGGCCGCUCCUCGAGCGCCAAGGCCCGCGCUGGGGCAUGACCAGGGCCACGCUCUUCAUGGCGCUGUGCCUCGCCUGCAUGCUCCUCUCUGUGCACAUUCCGUCGUGGCCGCUCUUUUGUGCCGCGAUGCUCGGUGCCGCGCUGUCGUUCAGUGCCUUUCUCGUCGUCUCGGUCUCGACGGCCAUGAAGUGGUGCCCCGAUGCCCGGGGCACCGUCGCCGGCGUCUGCCUCGUCGGCUUUGGCGUCGGCAAGGGCAUUUGGACGCUCUUGUACUGCGCCAAGACGGGCCAGGACGGCAUCGAUAUGAAGCGCGUCGUUGCGCUCUUCCUUCUCACUCUACUGCCGACCAUGGCAGUCGCAACGUUGGUUAUACGGACACCGCCGUCUGACUUUAGCGUGGCCGGCUUCGACAUGCACUGCAUUCCGUCCGUGAAAGCACCCGACGCCGACCUCGUUCAGGACGAGUUUCUCCGAAUCGGCAUGACGCUCGUCAACUACGAGGCGAUUGCGCGCCACAGCAAUUCGCUCGUGGAGGGUACGGACCGUCGGUACCAUGAACAAGUCAAGGCCUUGUCACUGCUGCAGUGCAUCUUGUCGCUUGAUUUUAUCUGCCUCCUCUUCGCGCAGUUGUCGACUUGCAUGACGGGUAUCCUAUACGACAACUUGACGGGCGCGACGACGUCCGGGACACUGCUGCAGACCAUGUACCACCUAUCCGACGACGACACGACGACCCUUCACAUCCACGGGCUUGUCAUUGACCUCCUCGGCCGCCUCGUGCCCGCGAUUCUAUCGGACGUUGGCAUUCGCGUCUUUUACGCCAACCCCGCGGCCGUGCGAAAAGUCUUCUUCACAAGUAUUCUCAUGCUGCAGUGCAUAGCGAUUCCUGUCGCGUACCUCGAGUCGGACAAGCUGACGCAUUUUGCGCACGUCGAGUGGCUUCUCUACGUGCUCCAGUUUGCCUCGAACGCCGACGCGUCGCUGCUCGUGUGCCAUCUCACCGACUUGUUUGGCGUCUACCAUAUCGGCACCAUGUACGGUCUCUCGUCGAUGACGUGGGCACUUGGCCAAGCCCUCGUUUUCGCGACGACUGGCAAUGACACGACGGCGCUCGCGUAUCAAAUGCGCCUUCUCGGGUGGCUCUCGCUUGGGGGUCUCUUCUCGAUGCUCUUUGUACGCGCCGACUCGGCCGAUCGUUUUUAUCGCGGCUACCGGUUUACAGUGUGCGGCAAAAUCGUCGUGGAGCGUCCGUGGAAAGAACCACCACAGCGCCAAGGCACAUUUGACAUUUGCGUCGACGUGCGUGCGAUUCGGAGUUCCGCUCCGUACCUCUGCGCUCUCGACUCGCCCGACGAUGACGAUGAGUGGUUUGACGACGACUCGCUCGAGUGCGCAUCGAAUGGAGAUGCAGCAUCAAACGUGGCCUAA